GGCGGCUGUAUUAGCCUUCACCACCCUCUGCGCAUGCGCACCGCUCACAUCAAAAUCAACAGACCAAUCCGAGGAAUCCCCUCUCGCCUUCGCCCCCGAAGAAACCCUCUCAACCGACCAGCAACCCCUUCCUCUAUCGCUCGCUCUACCCCGCGAAGACGCCGCCCCCGUCCUCUUCUUCGCCCCCGAACCGGCCUCCGACCUCACGGCUCCCGAUCAGGGCGCCUCCAUCGACUACUACGCAGUCCCCGUGCCCGACCAGGACCUGGUGGCGCCCUCGGAGACCGACUGGAACCCCGACAACGACCCCAAGUUCUUCUUCGAGGCGCCCGCCGUGCUGACCAAGCAGGAGCUGCCCACCGAGCAGUUCCCCAAGAAGUACAACAAGGAGGUGCACGAGAAGGAGAAGCCCGUGGGGCUCCGGCCCAAGCAGGAGAUCGAGCUCGAGCCGAUUUCCUCUAGUCAGCUGGAGAAGACUUUGGAUAAAUUGGCCAAGAUGGAGAACCGGAAAGCUGUUAAGGCACAACAGGCUCUUCAGGUAUGA